CUUAAUGUGCUUGAAAUAAAACGGUUCUGACAAUUUAGGGUUUUUUAUACUGCUCCUUAAGUUAUUGAUUCGGAUUAUCCGGCAAGCGUUUUUAUUCUAGCGAAAAUGCAUGAAAUAUUAUCCGGACUAUUAUGAUGUGACCGGGAUGAAAAAAGUUUGCAUCCUCAGCCCAUUAUUACUGUAACAUUAGCCGGCUAUGUGGCUAGCAGCGUACCGUGCUGGAGAUCGCACUGAAUCUGCAGCUAACCGCGAAAAGAUAUUGCGUAGGGACUCACCCUUCUGUCGCUAUGCCGUGUUCACUGGACUAAGUGCAUAGAUUAAUUGUAUGGAAUAUUUCAAAACUCGACUUAUUUGGUGCUGGGCAAUUUUAGAUAUUUCUGAUAACUGUAAUAUAGAUAAAUUUGGUUUUCCGAAACGCGAAGUACUGUCCUAAAUUGGCAAUUGCGCACCUGGAAAUUACAUCGGUGAAACCAGCGUGCGGAUAUAGCAUGAGUCUGGUGGCAAAAUGAGCGGUACUGCAAACCGCGGCAGUGUGCAGACGCGCUGGGGCGGCCGGAGUCCGAUGGCUACGGAGAUCAGCUCGGGACUGCAACCACUGCCCUGACUCCUGCCCUGCUCUCAAGGUGAAGCCUGCGGAGCGCCGCGGACGCCAGAGGCGUUUCCCCCCCGCCACUGUCCAGACAUGAACUGUGACACGCGCUGGAGGACCUGGCUUCCGGAAGCCCAGAUGGACAGGCUCUGUGCCGACUGCCAAGCGCCAGGAGGGGCGCGGGGCCUGUGCACGCUGUGCAACCAGCACCUGUGCUGCCGCUGUGCCAGCCUGCACCAGCACGCCAGCCGGACGGCCCCCCUGCCCGCCUCGGACAUGGCGGCGCACCCCUCCCCCGUCGACACCAGCUGCUGGCCAAACAGACCCCCCCCAUGCCACCUGCACGGACCGGAGCCCCUGGAGCUCUUCUGUGAGACCUGUGACCUCCUGGCCUGCAGCCGAUGUCACCUUUCUAGCCACGUGGAUCACAGGUUAGUCCAUGUCGGGAAGGCCCUCCGGGAUCAGCUCUGGCUCUUCGAGAGGCUGACGGCCCAGUUGGAAGACAAAAGGUCCGCCGUGGAAAACUCAGCCAAGCUGAUCGAGUCCAGAAUACAUGGACUGAAGAUCCUGCAGAGGAAGGCAGAGAAUCAGAUUAAAAUGGCAAAGAUGAUUAUAAUGAAUGAGCUCAACAAACGAGUCAACUUAUUAACAGAGCAACUUAAGAAGAUGUCUGGCGACUUCCGGCAGCAGCUGGAAGGGCAGCUGCAGGGCAUGGUGGAGCUCUGCAGCCAACUGGGCCAAACGCAGAACUUUCUCAGCUGGGCCACGUCCCACCACCAGAGAGGCCAGCUGCUCUUCAACAAGGAGCUGAUCAUGUUCCAGAUGCAGCAGUUGCUGGAGUCCCAGCUUCACUGUGACAUGGAGACCCCUGUGAAGAUCAAAUUCAACUGGGAUGCCAGCUUGUGGACGAAGCAGAUCUCAACGUUAGGUCAUCUGACAGCAGAGGGGGGGUUCCUUCCUCAUUCCCAGAGGCUGCCGUGUUCCAGCCUCCUUAAGCCACACCCCCUUACCUGCCCCGCCCUCCCUGCUUCCCUGUGUCCCGGAGCCGUGGAGCAGGGCUGCGGCUUUCAGGCCUGCUUCCAGUCGCAGGCAUGCUGCCCUGGCUGUGUGGCUUCCAAGGCCCACGAGCCCCACCCAGGCCUCCUUGUGGACCUCAGCCUGGGCUCCUCAGGACAGAAGGGCAGCUGCCACCCUCUUGGACCAUAUCCUGACAGGCAGCUGGAGCAGCCGUCUGCGAAGCAACCGGAGGAGAAGCAGCCGAAGCGGUGUCACGCCGGGUGCAAGCAGCGUAGACAGAAACCCGCAGCCCAGCGCUGCGCUCCUCUGCAGGGCCCCUGGGAGCCCGAUGGUCCUCAGGCUCUCGUCACCCAUGUGAAGAAGCUCCCCCAACAGCGUGCCAGGCAAACGCUGUUGCCCUCGGGGGAUGCCCAGGCGCGCCGCCCCAGGGGCAAGCCCCCGGGUCCACAGCCGUCAACAGCCGUCUGCUCCAGCCUGCAACUCCUUCUGCAGUCUCCACAUCAGUCCUGUAGGGGGCAGCGGCCAGGGAGGGCUCAGGGGUGGGUGGACCUGGACAAGUUGCAACUGGCUAUGAGACGCAACGGGAUGGGUCCAGGUGGCCUGCAGCCUGCCGGGAAACAAAGAACCGCAGAACCAGCCAGGGCGGGUCCAGACGGACUGGGUGCAAACAAACUGCAAGGGCCCCAGCGACAGCUGCAGACGCUAGCACCCCCGGCAGCGCCGGAGCGUAGCGUUGCCCAUCAGGCCGAAGGGCAGCCAUCACAAGUGCUACAGUCGCUUGAGAGCAACACCUGCAGCUCCGGGGAAUCCGGCAUGUCUGUGAUGUCGGCGCCGGCCCGCGGGGGCUCCGCCGCCGAGCAAACGAGACCGCCGGGACCACCGGCUGGCGCUGCCCCCGAGGGCCAGCCAACGAGGGCCGCCCACAGCCUAGCAACAGCAGGUGGGGAGCAGGGCAACGCGGCGGGCCAGGGUCAGAGGAGGUCAGCAGCGGUUGGGCCGAAGCAGAUCACUCCCUCCACCCUGAAUGCUCAUGGAGGGAUUGCUUUUCUUUGUUUGUCUUCGCCGACCUCUUACAAGACAGAGUCAGGUAAUAUUUAUGCAUACAAAGAGACAGGAACUGAAAGUAGACCUGGACCAAGAUCCCAGGACAGUAGCAGGGAAGCAUCGUCACUCAAACGUCCCCGAGCCACGCGCAUACGGUCGGAGCGCUCGAAGGCCCGAGCUACACCAGCAGUGAAGAGGCGACGUGGCCCUCAUCCAGAUCCCAGGCCUGCAGGGGGCGCUGUUUCUCCAGAGCUACUAGAGUGUUCAGCUGCUAAGGAGUUUGUGGGAGGACGCAGAGAAGGAAUGAUGAGCACAACUAGCACUGAGCUCACAGCCAACAACACACCGCUACUCAUGCAGUGUGAGAAAAGGGGACCAGAAGAGGAGCCCUCACCAACCCUACCUGAAACACAGACUGACCCAGAAUCCAACCCAAGACCAGAGUCUGAGACAGAGGCAUGCUCUGAAACAGAGCUAGAGAUAGAAUCGGAACCAGAACUGGAAUCUGAGCCAGAUUUAGAAAUAGAGACGGAUCUGGGAGCUCUGCAAAAUCCAGAGUCAGACCAGAGUCUAGAGUCUGAGACACAGCCAGACUCAGAAGCAAAUAUGGACACAGAGCCGGACCUGGUGUCUGCUCAGCAGCUGGAGACAGAGGCUGAUCUGGAGUCAGGGGUACAGGCAGGGUCACAGUCCAGUCUCGAGUCAGAGACUGAUCUGGUGUCAGAGCUACUGCCAGGUUCACAGUCCAGUGUUGAGUCAGAGCCUCCUCUGGAGUCAGUGAUAUCAGGGCUACAGGCAGAGUCACAAUCCUGCUUAGCAUCAGAACCUUUUCUGGAGUCAGGGUUGCAAGCAGAAUCACAGUCUUGCCCAGAGUCGGAGCCUGGACUCGAGGCAGGGCUACAGACAGAAUCACAGUCCUGCCUAGAGUCAGACUCGGGUAUGGCGGUUGAACCAGAGCGCCCACCAACCAGAGAGUUUGGUGACCACGCAAUGGCAGAAAACAGCCCCACUCAGGGGCAUGUAGAGAUGGAGAAUGAGGACUUCUGUGGGGUCUGCCUGAAUGGGGGAGACCUGCUAUGCUGUGACCGUUGCCCCAAGGUCUUUCAUCUGCUGUGCCAUGUCCCACCUCUCCUCAGCUUCCCCACUGGUGACUGGGUGUGUACGCUGUGCCGGGAUCUUGAGCAGCCAGAAGUAGAAUAUGACUGUGAGAAUGUGCGCUUCUGUACCAGAAAUGAGGGCAAGGCUCUUCAGCGUGGGCUGUCCGAAUGUGACUUGAGGAAGUGUGAGAAGCUGACACUGUCCAUCUCCUGCAACAUCCUGAGUGCACCUUUCCAAGAACCAGUCAGCCCACUGGCUCGGCAUUAUUACCAGAUCAUCAAGAAGCCGAUGGACUUAUCCGUCAUCAGGGCCAAGCUGACCAGAAAGAGCCGUCAGCAUUACCACACUCCUGAGGAAUUUGUGGCUGAUGUCCUUCUUAUGUUCAGGAACUGCGCAAAAUUCAACUACCCGGAUUCAGAGGUGGCCCAGGCGGGCCGGAACCUCGAAGAGUUCUUCAGCUCCAAGCUGAAUGAGAUCUACCCCGACAGAACCUUCCCAGCCCUGGAGGAUGACUCCGACAGUGACAGCUACGAGGAGGUCCACAGCGUGGGAGUGGCUGGCUUCCCUUGGCCGAAUGGGAAGGAGCAUUGCCACAGGAAGAGGAAGAGGAGUCACUCCCUCAACUGGAGGAGACAUCAUUUCUGAAAGACUCCUCUUGGGUGUCACAUAUGUAGAUAUGGGCAGUGUGGUGUCCAGCUUUUCUAACCUUUCUCAUGAUAUUGUUUAGACUUGACCUGAGGCAUGAGUGACACAUUUUGAGUGGUCCGCAGGGCAUUUUUUUUGUACGUAGCUUUUUAAUAUAUUUAAGAUGAUUGCACAUUUAAAAAGCGAUUGUUAUUUUUAACUGAAAUCCUUAAGCUGGGGAUACACUGCGAAAACUGUAACGCUGCAAAUCCAGGAAGCACUUGAAAUGCUAUGUUGCAGAGUCAUACUGCUGGUUACAUUGUGUAAUAUAGAGGCCAAAAAUUUCACUGCUUUCUGCUGCCCAGUUCAAUUCAAACGUGUUUCUGUAAUUACAUGAAUUGUUAGAUUGACAAACCUGAUUCCCUUAUUCAUUUUUUAAGAUUUUUUUUCCCUCUAAUCGGCUUGCUUUUCAAGUCCUGAAAAAAAUAUCUCAUAGCUGAAUGAUGAAGCAACGUGAGUAGUAGUUUUAAAUAGUAGUUUUAAAUAACCACAAUCAAUAAAUCAAACCCAGCAGUAUUCAACUACUAGUACAACCUUGCAAAUGAUACAUGUGUGUAUACAAUGCAUAAAUAUCAAAUACACACACACUCCGUUCCCCGUCCAACUUCCUACUAUCAAACAGAUACAUGUCACCUUGGACAAGAAGGCCUGAUUAUAUACAGGAAGUAGAAUUUGCAUUGUUUGAUCAAUUGAUCACAAUGGUUACCAGUUUGAAGCCUAGAUUCAUACGUUCAUAAACCUUUUAUGUCUGGUAGUGCUUGCCAAUACUUUUGCUACUUCAAGAAUCACAAAUUUAAUAUCAUUCUUGAACUAUAUUGUCAUGUUUAUAGAUUGUAUAUAUUCAUAACUUUGGUAAGCAGUGCCACAGGCUAAUUUUUAAAUGUAUUUGUUAAAUGCUGCUCUUCUUUUGUAGAGGAUCCUCAUCCAUCUGAGUGUGAUGCCCAGCAGUGGGGCCUUGAGGUGGGGGGGUUCAUGAUUUCCUGCACUGAGGGGGGGGGAUGAACUGCACUGGCUUUCUGACAGGGGCAGUACACAUCAUCUCUGAAACAGGCCCUGUUUUUUCCAGAAGCUUAGAGCCCCCAAAAUGGGUUUCUAGGCUGCCCUGGUGCAUUUAUGGAAUUAAUUAGGUUACAUUUGACCAUUUUAUUACACAGAUGCAAUUCAGGGGAUCCAUGCUGUAGCCAUCACACAAAAAACUGGUCAAAUCAAACUGGUAGCAGUUGAGGGCUUGUCUGUUAGCUGUAUGGACAGUGAAAAUGCUAAUUACUCAUGUUAUGAUCUGCUUAUUCAUGCUUGCUUCAAUUAGCCAAAUAUUUACUGUGGUAAAUCGUUUUUUUUUUUCUCUCCACUGACCCACAUAAAACAUGCCCUGUGUAGUAAUGAAUAACAGAGACUGGUCUUCUUUAAUAACCUACAUGAAUUACUGAAGUAUAUGGUCAUGUUGACUUAGUUUGGCACGCUAAUAAAUUUACUCUGGAUGGUACGCCACUGUCUUUAGAUUGGUCUAUGUUCCUAAGUGUUUGGGUUUCAGUUCUUCACUGUCACUCCUCAUCCUUCUCCUCCUACCAUGUUACUUCAGUUCUCCAGGAAGCUGCACUAGCUACAUCUCGUCCAUUAUAAUAAAGAUUAAUGGAACUACAUCUUGGAA